AUGGCAGUGCCGGCGGCUUUGAUCCCUCCGACCCAGCUGGUGCCCCCGCAGCCCCCGAUCUCCACGUCGGCGUCCUCCGCGGGCACCACCACCUCCACCUCCUCGGCGACCUCGUCCCCGGCUCCGGCCAUCGGGCCCCCGGCGUCCUCCUCGGGGCCAACUCUGUUCCGGCCGGAGCCCAGCGCUCCGGCGGCGGCGGCGGCCACGGGACCCUCCACCGGCGGCGGCGGCGGCUGCAGCGGAGGCGGCGGCGCUGGCAACGGAGGCGGCGGCGGCGGCGGCAACUGCAACCCCAGCCUGGCGACCGCGGGCGGCGGUGGCGGCAUCAGCGCCGGCGGCUGCGGCGCCUCCAGCACCCCCAUCCCAGCGAGCUCAGGCGGCGGCGGCGGCGGCGGCGGCGGCGGCAGCAGCAGCAGCAGCAGCAGUAGCAGCAGCAGCAGCAGCAGCAGCAGCGGCAGCAGCAGCUGCGGCCCCCUCCCCGGGAAGCCCGUGUACUCGACCCCGUCCCCAGUGGAAAACACCCCCCAGAAUAAUGAGUGCAAAAUGGUGGACCUGAGGGGGGCCAAGGUGGCCUCGUUCACGGUGGAGGGCUGCGAGCUCAUCUGCCUGCCCCAGGCGUUCGACCUGUUCCUGAAGCACUUGGUGGGGGGCUUGCACACCGUCUACACCAAGCUCAAGCGCCUGGAGAUCACGCCGGUGGUGUGCAACGUGGAGCAGGUCCGCAUCCUGCGGGGGCUGGGGGCCAUCCAGCCCGGGGUGAACCGCUGCAAACUCAUUUCCAGGAAGGACUUCGAGACCCUCUACAAUGACUGCACCAACGCAAGUUCUAGACCUGGAAGGCCUCCUAAGAGGACUCAGAGUGUCACUUCCCCAGAGAAUUCGCAUAUCAUGCCACAUUCUGUCCCCGGCCUCAUAUCUCCUGGGAUAAUUCCACCAACAGGUCUGACAGCAGCAGCUGCAGCAGCUGCCGCUGCUACUAAUGCAGCGAUUGCUGAAGCAAUGAAGGUGAAAAAAAUCAAGUUAGAAGCCAUGAGCAACUAUCAUGCCAGUAAUAACCAACAUGGAGCAGAUUCUGAAAAUGGGGACAUGAAUUCAAGUGUUGGACUGGAACUUCCUUUUAUGAUGAUGCCCCACCCUCUAAUUCCUGUCAGCCUACCUCCAGCAUCUGUCACCAUGGCAAUGAGCCAGAUGAACCAUCUCAGCACCAUUGCAAACAUGGCGGCGGCAGCGCAAGUUCAGAGCCCCCCAUCCAGAGUGGAGACAUCUGUUAUUAAGGAGCGUGUUCCGGACAGCCCAUCCCCUGCCCCCUCGCUGGAGGAGGGCCGAAGGCCUGGCAGUCACCCAUCAUCACAUCGCAGCAGCAGUGUGUCCAGCUCCCCUGCACGGACUGAGAGCUCUUCCGACAGAAUCCCUGUUCAUCAGAAUGGGCUGUCCAUGAACCAGAUGCUGAUGGGUUUAUCUCCAAACGUACUACCUGGGCCCAAAGAGGGAGAUUUGGCCGGUCAUGACAUCGGACAUGAGUCGAAAAGAAUGCAUAUUGAUAAAGAUGAGACCCCGCUUUCCACACCAACUGCAAGAGACAGCCUCGACAAACUUUCUCUAACUGGGCAUGGACAACCACUGCCUCCCGGUUUUCCAUCUCCUUUUCUGUUUCCUGACGGAUUGUCUUCCAUAGAGACCCUGCUGACUAACAUCCAGGGGCUCUUGAAAGUUGCCAUAGAUAAUGCCAGAGCUCAAGAAAAACAGGUCCAACUGGAAAAAACAGAGCUGAAGAUGGAUUUUUUAAGGGAACGAGAACUAAGGGAAACCCUUGAAAAGCAGUUGGCUAUGGAACAGAAAAAUAGAGCCAUAGUUCAAAAGAGGCUAAAGAAGGAGAAAAAGGCAAAGAGAAAAUUGCAGGAAGCACUUGAAUUUGAGACAAAACGGCGUGAACAAGCGGAACAAACACUGAAACAGGCAGCUUCAACCGAUAAUCUCAGGGUCUUAAACGACUCGCUGACCCCAGAGAUAGAAACUGACCGCACUGGGGGCAGAACAGAUGCUGAAAGGACAAUACAAGAUGGAAGACUGUAUUUGAAAACUACUGUCAUGUACUGA